AUGAUGGAAAUGAAUGGCGAAAAUACCAGUACGAGCAGCUGCGACAACGAUCGGAAUGAUAUCGAUAGUCAACGACGCCAGAACGGUGGAUAUGGUAGCAGUACGAGAGAACAUUCCAGCAGACCAGUAGAUCGGUUAACUACUAAUGGCUGGGAACGAGUCUCUGAAGGACCUUUCACAUCACAGGCAACUUCUAAGAGGCGAAAAGGAACGACAGACCAUAGCGACAAUGCUCAUGCCAUCCCUUUUGCAGCACUUCUGAAGAAACGAAGACGCAACAAGGGAAGAAAGCGAAGAUUAACACGCAUGGCACAAUGUAGCGGAAGAAAAGCCCGUUGCAAAACGAGAUGAACGGAAAAAAUCAGAGAGCUCUGGGCCAUGAUGUGGCCCAGAACUCUCUGA